AGGCGCCGCAGCGGCUGCGUCUGCAGCAUGUCUUUCGAACUUAUUGUUAUUUGAUCAUAAUAAAACGCAGCGUUCUGACUGUACGAGUUCUCUGUCACGCAUCUCUACGACAAGGGCAGUAUGAGUAAGAAGAUCAAAAAGGAUCGCAAUGGAUGAGGAAUGAUAAUGACUAAAUUGGCAUCAAUAAGCAAGGAAUGUCACUGAGGAAUACCCGCCUGCACUGAGUUGCGACGUAUCAUGGUCAAUAACAUU